AUGUAUUUCGACGAAUCUAGCGUGAAACAGUAUUUAUCGCUUCCAUCUUUAUUGGAGAUACUCUCUGAUGUUUUACAUCGAUAUUCUAAACAUGAUCCAUCACUUCAACAACCUAUACGUUCAGUUUUACCAAUUGAUGAUCGACAAAACUUUCUUUUGAAUAAACCAUGCAUCGAUCUCCAUCGUGGUUAUAUGUGUGUGAAAACAAUAACAUAUUUUCCAGCAAGUUCGCCUACAAUCGAUGGUGUUGUGUCUCUAUUUGAUUCAAAAACGGGUCGUUUGUUAUUGACUGCUGAUGCGAAAGAAAUCACUGCACAACGUACAGCCGCGACUUCAUUCCUUGCCACACAAUUGUUAGCAUUUUCGAAAUGGACCGAUGACAAGAAGAAUCAUGCUUGUUUAACCAUUAUUGGCUGCAGUGUUCAAGGACAUGCACAUUUGGAAGUAUUCACUCAAUUAUUUAAGUGGAACAAGGUUUAUUUAUGGAGUCGCAAUGUAAAGAAUGCAAUUGACCUACAAUCGAAAUAUGCAUCACAGUUGAAACAUAUCGAAAUCUUGAAAGACUUGAACGAUAUUCGUUUACAGGAGACAGAUGUUAUUUGCACCUGUACAGGCAGUGAACAAGCGCUAAUUGGCUUGAAACAGGUGAAGAAAGGUGUGCAUAUCAAUGCGGUUGGUUCAUUUAGCCCUAAGAUGCGCGAACUUGCUGAUGAUUUGAUGAUAUCGGAGGAUACAAAUGUAGUCGUCGAUAGUCGUGAAAGUGCAAUGAAAGAAGCUGGAGAGAUUAUCCAGUCGAAAGCAAAUAUUGCGGCUGAAGUGGGCGAAUUAGUCAACAAUGAAGUCUUGUUACAAGAGAUAUCUCAGCAGAAAACGACCAUCUUCAAAUCUGUUGGCUUGGCAAUCGAAGAUCUAGCAGCAGCUAUUGUUCUUCACGAAUCUAAAACUAAUGCAUGA